AUGCGCCGUUCUCUCGGAGGCGAGCCUUGCGGCCCGGGGAACCGCUUCCUGGUGGCGUCCCCGCUGGGCCGAGGCUCCUUCAGCAGUGUUUUCCGGUGUUCCGACACCCAGGGCGGCGGCAAGGAGUACGCGGUGAAGUUCAUCCGCGACAACCCGGGGCUGCGGAAAGCCACGGAGCGCCUCGUCGAGCGAUGGAGCGCCGGAGCGGCGGAGAAGGACGCGGAGGGCGCCAGCUGCUUGCUGCACCUGGCCUGCGUGGCGCCUUGGCCCGACGGUUUUACCAUGGAUGGUCUCUCCCGGUUGCCUACACUCAUAGCAUUCCUUGGUCUUGGCUUCAAGGGUCUCCAUGUCGGAAAGCUGCGGAGGCAUUUGGCGCUGAUCUUCCACUUGCAGCGCUGUGACUUGCGCGCCGCCUUGCGGCAACAGCGCCAUUUCGCCCUGCAGGAUGUGCGGCGCUAUGCCGGCGACCUGCUGCGGGCGCUGCGCUCGCUGCGGGCCAUACGGAUCAUUCAUACGGACAUCAAGCCCGACAAUCUGCUACUGUCCUUGGACAAGUCAUCCGUGAAGCUCUCGGAUUUCGGCUGCGCUUUGGCCGAGCAAGUCGGUCACUCAGGUGCCAUUGACACGGAAGAGAAGGCCAAUCUCACCCAUAUCCGCCGAGCAUACUCCAGCAGCUACUUGCACGUGUGCUACCGUGCGCCGGAGAUCAUCCUCGGGCAGUCGCAUCUUUGCUGCAGUCUCGUGAGGUACAGCACACGAGCAGACAUUUGGAGCUCCGGGGUCACGCUCUUCGAGCUGGCGCACGGAAAGCUGCUCUUCGCCCGGGCCCCGACGGAACGCGCAGACAACGAGGCAGACAACGAGGCAGGCAACGAGGCAGACAACGAGGCAGACAACGAGGCAGACAACGAGGAGGGUGCCAACAAUGCCAUCCUCUAUGCGGCUUGGCGAGAUUCCAAGCUUUCUGACGAGGUGCUGAAGAUCUGCGGGCCGUUCAAGAAGGCCUUCGCCACUGCUGGCAAGCACGCCUCGAAGCACUUCACCGCGGAGGCUUCCAUGAACCCAAUUUGGCUCUUGUCGGCAGAGUCAUGUCGGGCGUCGGCGCCAUGCGAGGGAGACUUCAAGCGGCGUGCGGAGGUUGGGCGUCUGCCGAUGGCGCGCUUCCGGCAGAGAGGCCCUGCGACUUUGCUGAGCCGCAUGCAGCUGCAGGACGUGCUGGCGAAGGACUUCGCGGAGUUCCUCGGGCGCUGCCUGGCGCCGGAGCCCUCGGAGCGCUGGGCGCCGCACGCAGCGCUGGAGCACGGCUUCGUCGCCGGGGAGGCGCGGGAAGGGGGCGUCAACCACAACUGGUAUUCCGGCAAGGCCACGUUUUGCUUCCAUGGAGGCGAGCGCUGCGUGCUGCUCUCGCGGACCCAGCUGGUGCCCAAGAGCACCUGGGAGCCGCGCCCGGCACGAGGCAAUGACGCCUUGUCGCAGCUUGCAGAGCUUGAAUCAAAGACCCAAGGGUCGAUACCCGACAAUGAUUUGGCGCAACAGGUCUUGGCCCUGGCCGACAAGUGGCCCAUGGCCGAGGAGAACGCCCUGCUCGCCGAGCUGAGCCCAGGCACAGCCGGUCUUGAUCUGGGGCCCGAUGCGAAGGAUCGUUUUUACGGGAACAUGAGCGGGGUCGAGGUAGAGAAGGAGCUGAUCCGGCAGGGUGUGCUGAUGCAGACUCUCCUGCGGGACUUCAGCAUAAUGAAGGAUGCCGUUGGGCACUUGGAGGACGAGUCCGGCACCGCCAAGGAGCUGGCGGUGAAGAGUCAGUUGGACUGCCGCACCACAGCUUUGGAGUUGCGCCAGGAGUUGGACGCGAAGAUGCGCUCGAUGACCUUCCAGGUGGACGAGGCGACAUCGGCCAUUGUGCGGAGCCGUAAAGAAGCCGCGACGGCCACCCAGGCUCUUCGGGACAAGAUGGAGGCCUUCCACAACUGCAGCUCCGGGCACAUGGAGAGCGCCAUCAUGAGCCUCGAGGACUGCCAGACGCGCGUGCUGGACCGCUUCGAGACUUCCCAGCGAGCGCUGCAGGAGACCUCCGAACGGAGACCUCAGCGGAGAUGGCAAAGAUGCAAAAGGCAGCUGCAGAUGUCCGGCAGGAUGACCAGGCGAAGCUGCAGCAGAACGUCUCUGAGCUCGAAGUCUUGGUCAGGAAGUCCACCCAGCAGGUGCUGUGCGAUCUCCGCUUGGAGGCUGCUUCACGCAGAGAGGAGACGCGCAAAAGCAGUUGGAGACUUUGGAGAAGAAGGUCUUCGCAGGCGUGCAAAAGCUGGAAUCUGCUGUGGAGGAGAGCAAACAUCGCUUCGAGUCAAACUUCGAGUCAAGCGACGCGGUGUUGGCGCAGCUACAGCAGAGAGCCGACGCAGCUGCUGA